CGGAUUGCUAACCGAGCUAGCCGGAUCCUCCCGAUUAGAGAAACACGGCUGAACGUGGUCAUGUUGUACACGGUAGGCUUCAUUUCGUGAAAAAAGCCCGCAUUGGAAUACCUGCCUCGCUGCUGAAAGGGCAAAGGGACUUGCUUUUUGACGGAAUAACCAAGCCGGUCCGUGAGGAUUGCAAAUCUGAGCCGUGCGAGUCAACGUUAGCUGGCCUACCCGGACUCGGGAGCUCGUCUCCCAAAACAAGAAUGGGGUCUAGGUCCACUCGGAUUAGCUUGCUAGUAAAGUGACCUUUGAUUGUAUUCUCUGAUGGCAAAUUUCACGAAUUACCAGGAAGGUAAGGCAGCGAUGCUUAUGGUGGAGACGCAGCAGAGGGACGUGGGGACGAAAUCUGCAACGGCCACCGAAAACGGAGACGGCUCGGUCGGGGAACCCCCUUCCCCGUUAAUUAAUAUCGGCGGCGGCGGCGGAGGAGGCGGCUCUCGUUUCCAUCAACAUUUGCCGCCCUCCAACCACCUCCACCACCAACACCUCAGCCACUAUCACCCGCCAAAGGAUCAACAGCAGCACCAUCACUACCAGCUGGCCCCGCAGCAGCAACAGCAGCAGCAACAGCAGCAUCCUUCCGGCGAAAACAUCGCAGAGUCCCCGGGCAGGAAAGCCUCCUCCUCGUCUCUCAGCCAGGUACACACCGCCGAGGACCCCGCCGCUUCUUCCGCCGCUAGCAGCAGCAGCAGCGGCCAUGUAUACGCGGCUGUGAACGUCGCUAAUACCUCGGACGUUGUGGACGAUAUUCGAAAAUGUGGCUAUCUAAGAAAGCAAAAACACGGACACAAGAGGUUUUUCGUGCUUCGGGCUGCCAGCCACCUCGGGCCGAGCCGGCUGGAGUACUACGACAGCGAGAAGAAAUUCAGGAACAGCCUGCGCUCCGCUGCCGCGGCCGCCGCCAGCGGUUUAGCGGUCGCCCCGUCUCCCCCGAAAAGGGUUAUUUACCUCUACCAGUGCUUCACGGUAAACAAAAGGGCGGAUUCCAAAAACAAACACCUCAUUGCCCUUUAUACUAAGGACGAGUACUUUGCCAUUGUGGCUGAAAACGAGCAGGAGCAAGAAGACUGGUACGUAGCUGUGAGUGAGUUGAUGAGUGAGGGUAAAAAAGGGCACUUGGAUUCUGAUGAUUUAGAUGAUGGUUAUGGUACGGUCACCCCUGGUACUGUGUUUAAAGAGGUGUGGCAGGUGAAUGUGAAACCUAAAGGACUGGGUCAAACUAAAAACCUCACAGGUGUUUACCGGCUAUGCCUCUCAACUAAAACCAUUCACCUCGUUAAGCUGAACUCUGAAACCCCCUGUGUGAACCUUCAGUUGAUGAAUAUCAGACGCUGUGGACAUUCAGAAAGCUUCUUUUUCAUUGAGGUGGGUCGCUCCUCCUCCAUUGGGCCCGGGGAGAUAUGGAUGCAGGUGGAUGAUUCUGUCGUGGCCCAAAACAUGCACGAGACCAUCUUGGAGACGAUGAAAGCCCUGAAAGCUUUUGCAGAGUUUCGGCCCAGGAGUAAGAGCCAGUCGUCGGGCUCCAACCCCAUGCCGUUUAUCACGACGCGGCGCCACCUGGGCAACCUGCCACCGAGCCAGACAGGAUUGCAGCGGCGGUCGAGGACGGAGUCAGUUGUCGGCACGCCGCCGUCAAGUAAGAGCUCAGGGGCGAGUGGUUAUCGCUUCCGAACAUCCAGCGAGGGCGAGGGGACGAUGAACCGACCGUUCCGCUCCGCCACAGGCAGUCUGGUUCACCUUAACUCAGCACGGGCCCACCAUGGUCGCCAGGAAGGGGGUGGCAGCAGUGGCGGCAGCGGUGUCGCCACAGGAAACGCUGGCACGAGCACCGGCAGCGGACGCUACGUCAGAGCCAUCCCAGGGUCGUCGUCCACCUACCACGCCCGCUCCGCCUCGCUGCCAGUCUCCCACUUCCCCUCCACCACCAGCCCAGUGAGCGUCUCCUCCAGCAGCGGCCAUGGCUCAGUCUCCGACACUCUCACCCGCCCAUCGAGCGCCUCGAUAUGCGGCUCACCAUCAGACGGCGGCUUCAACUCUUCAGAUGAGUACGGCUCCAGUCCUGGUGACUUCCGUUACUUCCGGGUGAGGAGUAAUACGCCAGACUCCCUGGGCAACACCCCACCAAUCAGAGAAGAGAACUGUCUGAAUGAUUACAUGGCCAUGGGCUGGAACCGGGAGGUCUUCGGCACCGGCGGGGGCUCUGGAAACAACAGCGGGGGCGACACGCCACGAGACGAAAGCACGUCAACAACAGAGGAUGAUCGCUUUUCUUCGUCGUCCUCAUCAUCACUGAGGAGGAGGACUCACUCUUUCUCCAGACCAGCUGGUGGUGCAACUGGCGGUUCUGGAGUGGCAGUUUACCAGAAAAUGACCCAGACCAACUUCUCAUUGGAUGAGGGGUCGGAUGUCGUGUUACCAUUCGGCAGUGGGCUGCUCCGCGGCGGGCCGUCCUCCUCCUCUUCCUCGCUCCGCUCUGACUACAGCUCCUGCUCCGAGCACAGCCAGCAGAGCCGCCCCUCCACACUCUCCAGGACGGAGGCCGGUGCUGAGCGCCCGCCCCUUUCCUCCUCCGCCUCCGCCAAGGAAGACAGCGGCUACAUGCCCAUGAUGUGUGGCGUGGCUGCCUCGCCGCGGGACACGCCCCCCGACUACAUGCCUAUGCAACCCAGCUCUUACUCCCAUCCCAUCUCCCAUUCUCCUCAGCUUCACAGUCCAGCUUUAGGUCCCCGCUCAGCCCACAACCACCCCCAGCUCCAGCCUCAAUCCUCCACAGACUCCCACGGCUACAUGAUGAUGCUCCCAGGGGCCAGUGGCAGUUCCCCUUCUCCAGGGCAGGCCUCCCCCAGCCCUCACAGUAGCUCCAGCAUGGCAGGUGCUGGUGGGAGUGACAGCAUAGCAGAGAGACCAGAGAAUGGGGAAUAUAUGGACAUGUCAUACAGCAGCAGUGGGGGGCGCAAGCUCUCAAAUGAGGCGAGUGGGUAUUACACACCUGGCACACCUGAGGCCACCCCAAAGUCUUACAGUCCUUAUUUCUCCCUCCCCCGUUCCUACAAGGCCCCCACCAGAGAGAGGGAUGAGAAAGAGUAUGGGGAGUAUGUUCCUAUGAGUUCUCCUGCCAAGCCAGUUUAUUCAUCAGUUGCCACAGCUUCCAUGUCAACACCAGAGAAGAGGGGUGGGGGAGGUAGUAGCACCUCCACUCCCUCUCACCCACCCCCGCCUUAUGGAGCUCACCAUACGACUGCAGCAAUGGCCGACCGACGCGUCGUGAGGCCCAACCGCCUCCCUUUAGGCAGAAGGAGUUUUCAUGGCCCGCUGCGGGUUAGUGAGCCCUCCACAGCGUCUGCAGGCACCUCCACCUCAGUCCCCGCCACUGUCAGCUCAUCUGAAGGGCCCUCCAGUCCCGGAGAGUAUAUUAACAUUGAGUUUGGAGAUCACUACCCCCACCAACAACAACCCCCUGCCUAUCCUCUCUCCGCCCAAGACGAAGCGCCUUCCCUGGAAUCCAGUGACCACCGUCGCUCCCCUCCCCAGCCCCAAACUCACCAGGACUAUAUGAGUGUGGAGGUAGGGGCAGACCAGCAGGACAGCGCUGAAUGUCGGGUUAAAAACCAGUCUCCCAGACCCAGCCUUGUCGCUCCCUGGAACCCACCCAGCUAUAUCCGACCCCUGGCUAGCAAUCCUGGGGCGCUGGCCUCCCCUGGAGUCCCUGCCGGAGGUCACUGGAGGUCAAUGGGGGACGACUACACGGACAUGAACUUUAACCUCAGCAGAGGUGAGAGGACGCAAACGAGCCCCACGGCCAUGCUGCAGCAUCUCUGUGUGGUAGAGGGGCGUUAUGGUCACGCUCCCUCCGCCGCCUCCUCAUCCAUUUCCCCUCCUCUCCCUCCGUUGAGCCCAGGCAGGGCGCCGACACACCAGCUGGAGCCCAAGGUGGUUCGGGCCGACCCCCAAGGCAGGAGGAGACACAGCUCCGAGACAUUCUCCUCCACGUCCUCUUCUAACUCAACUCCCUCUGGAGGAGGACUCGGCCCCUCAUCUUCAGCUGCCCACUCCACACUGGUCAACCCCACGGCCCCCAAUGGAUCUUACUUAACAGAGGGUCAGGCUUCCAGAUGGGCCAGCUCAGCAUCAUUUGACAGUGUGUGGGUGUCCAUGGAGGGUCUAGGAGACUCGCUGGCUCACCAUGCACCAGUCAGAUCCAUGGAAAUGGGCAUGGCCUCCGGAACCUCAGCAUCCUCCUCCUCCUCCUCGGGGGCUGGGGCAGGUAGAAUGUGCAGGGACAUGUCUGUGGGCUACCAGAACGGCCUGAACUACAUUGCCUUGGAGCUGAGGGAGGACGGGAGUAAUAUGGGAGCCGUGACGUCGGGAGCUGGUAGCAGCAACGGGAGCUUGGCGGCGGCGGCGGCGGGGACGGUGCCUCUGCUGGAGAACGGAGCCUAUGCCAGUAUAGACUUCACCAAAUCUGAUGGAGUCGCCACAUCAACCAAGGACUGAACGACGGGACGAUAGAGGUUCCCGACCCCCUUCCUCCUCCUCCUCCUCAUCAUCAUCAUCAUCUCUCUGCUCUGGGCACUUGACUCUGCCUGUGACCUUUGGCCUCCCCCGCCGGCGACCUCUGACCUCUUCACCCGGACCGAGAAGCCGCUCCCCUCUGGAUGCAGAAAACAACAACAACGUCACAACAGAUGACACAAACGCUUGCAGUUUUUUAUUUUUAAGUGUUUUUCAUCUUUUAUUUUCUUGUGUUUUAUAUGCAUAUCCUGUCCUGUUUUUUUUUUUUUUAAAUCACCUCCUUCCCUCACAACCGACGCUGCCAGUGUGCGCUGCUUUCCCCCCCCGAAUGUCCAACAGACUUAUUCAACAGACAGUGGUCAGUGAACUUUAAGGGGGGCGUCAACAGAACCACAGAUCUUAUUAUCAGGUGGUUCUGCUUCUCCAUAUGGUAUUAAAAAGGGAGGCUGGAAUACUAAGAAAAGGCAUUAAGGUACAGACGUAUGUUGAACUUAAAAUAUGAAUUUGUAUUUUUUCCCCCCCGUGCAUAAUCCAUCCUCCACACGGUACCGUACAGUUAUUACAUUGUGGACAAAGUUGUAGUAGAAAUGUAUAUUUUUUUGAAUGCAUUGCCCCUUAAACGGUGCGAGCUCGUGGCUGGAUCAACACGCGGCGUCGCACAGGUACCGAGCUUGUUCCCAUGCUUCUCCGAGUCAGGUACGGCACAGAACUCGGCCCCCCUUUUGGAUUAACAGUUCCAAACACAGCCGGGCAGCAGAGCUACGGUACUGCGCCGGUAAGAAACCUUAAAGCAUUACUCUCCUCGUACCCUGUCGCACAUUUUAUUUAUUUGUUGCAGAUAUUCCGGUACAUUUCUUUGUUCGCGUCCCCCGGCGGAGACGGUACUCAGCGGGGCGGGGAAAGGACGCCGGCCACCAAUCGAAUGCUGGAAAGAUUGAUUCGUCUUAAGUCUGUCUCCUCUUCAAGCCACUUCGCCGACGACUGAAUCAAACCGAGGUGUUUGAAGGGAUAGACGAAUCAGGUUUGCGUCGUGCUCGGACCUCCGUGGUCCGGAUAAGAAAGUUAACACGCGGAGUAACGUUAGCGUAAGUUAGCUAUUGUUCAUGUAACCCAGCAGAAAUGUUUUGCUAGUUUAUGAUUUAAAUAGCCGCACGCUGUUGCUACCAGAGCAAAAAGUUCAAAGUACACCUGUAGAGCACUGACAAGCGCACUCAUUAACAUGUUGUAUCUUGUUUGUUAAACCCAGACGAAAACCAAAGUGUGGAAAUGGCAAUUAGCCGUUUUAAUGUAACACCCUGUGUGUUAUGUACAGGACUAUUGUAGUUUUUACACUUGAGUUCAACAAACGAGAUACAACACGUUAAUUAGUGAGCUUUAGAGUAGCUGAUGGGUGGAUGCUAGCCGUUUCCCCCUGUUUCAAGUGUUUACGCUAGCCUAAGCUAACUGGCUCUAGCUGCAUAUUGAACAGUCGUAUAUUAGAGUGGGAUCAAUCUUCUCAUCUAACACCUGGCAAGAAAAAAAAGUAAGGACAUUGAAGGACAUCAGGAAGUAAUUGAAGUGGCUUGUGGAGGUUUUGGAGACUCAGCUGCUAUGGCCGGUGUUUCUCGCCCUGAUGCUCGCUUCUGUUUUCCAGUUUUCUGCGCGAGGAACUGUUUAGUAAACCGAGGUUAGAGGAUAUUUCUCUCUCUUUUUAAAAAAUAUAUUUUAGGCUUUUACCUCAUACGGUCCGUAGCACAGUUCAGGUUAGCGAGGGAGAGUGGCGCCACACACACACACACACACACACACACACACACACGCUGCAACGCUGUGAAGGGUGAAAGCACAAAGUACAGACGUUGACACUGGGAUGCAAACACAAGACCAAUGCACACACACACACACACACACGAGAUCCGUGCUAGUGGAGCAUACGCUGCAGGACAGUGGCGCGUCCGCAGACGUCACAAGGACACAUGUCCCGGUCAUGUGGCGUCCCCCAUGCCUCCUCUCAUAACGCACACACCGGCAGCCAUGCAGGCCUAUUUAGGCGAGGGCGACUCCUGCGUGCACCCCCCCACCCCCACCCCCACCCCCCUCCCCCCGUCCUGCUCUCUGUCAGCGGCUCUCGAUGACGUCCGGGAUAUUUCACACACACACACUUGCGUGCUGGGCCGUUCGUCAUUGGCCGCGGGUGACGUACGGAGGUUUCCAGUAACCUGAGCUGCCGGCCCAGGUGCAGCGCGCUGGUCAUACUUGCCCCGUUACAACUCUCCCCCUCUCCCUCUCUCUCACACUUUAACAGACCGAUGCGCCCAUAUUCAGCAUUUCUACUCGCGCUACUCUCCCACGACUAUUACCCGCACGACUGUUUUCAUAGAAAGAAAUGUGCUCGAGCGACGAAGACUGACAGCUGAUGUAGCCCACGGAAUCGCAAUUGUUCAGUGUUCAGUCGUCUAAUCUAUCUUUGCCCUGCUUCCUUUUUGUUUGUUUUUUUGUUUUUUUUAAUCGGCCCACUCUUUUUGUUGGCGUUUUUAACUUGUUUGGACGGAUGAAGGCCUGUCACUGUCGCUGUGCUUGUGUGGGACGCGUCAUUGUCGUCGCGUUCGGGCUCCCACACAGCGGGGGAGGCCGAGGUGUCUUUACAUCUUACUUAAAGUCUGGUUUAGAGGGCGGCGGCGGAGGGUUUCUGCGGCUCUGUGAUCUCACGCCGAAGGUCAGCUGGCUGUGAUUGGCAGCUGUCCUGGCUGGAUCACUGCUGGUGCACAUGUGAGGGUCAAACACAGCUUUGGCCCGUAGAAAACAACUUUUUAAAGUCUGAAGACACAAACUGCAGAAAUCCAAAGUCAUUUCAUUAAAAGACAUUGUUAUUUUUUCUUUAUUUAAAUUAGUUUUAAAAAACAGUGAACGCCUUAUUUUGUCGAACAAAUUGUCCAAAAUCCAAAGAUAUUUAAUUUAAAUGAUAUUAAAAAUAAGUGAAAACCAGCAAAUUCGAUUUGAGAAGCUGAAAGUAGUGAUUUCUGCUCGAUGGCUGAAGGAUUCAUCAAUCUUCACUUGCGUUGACAGACAGGCGGAGUUUUACUGCAUCGAGCCGGGUAUUCAAUCAAUAUCAAGGACUGACACAAUCCCGCCCACAAGGAGCUCCGCUUAAAGCUAAUUUCCAAAUCCCCUCACCCCUUCCCUGCGUCCCACCUCCCUUUAUUUCAACCCGUAGAGACGACGAAGCCCAACAGGACACAGAUGCUCAUCUUCAUCAGGAGUGUCUGUGUGGCUCAAAACGUGGAGGUUAAUGCGAGCAUCGGUACAGAGAGGUGAAACUAUGAUUUCCCUCUGGAGGGUCGGAGUCUUGAAGCCCCCCACCCACCCCACCCACCCACAAUCAGACAUAUUUUCCCUCCCCACCGUCCCUCCGAGCGAACAAACGGAAUCUACGAAUAUUUAGGCUGCGCGACAAACCAGAGCAUUUUCGUUCCCUCUGUUCGGAAAGUGUUUUGUGGACUUUCUCUGCUACAGCAACGUGUUGCUUUUGAGUUUUUUAACGCUACGGCAAAAACAAAAAAAAAAUGGUAGAGCUAGAUUUUGGUGGGUUUUGGAAGAAUCCCCCUUAAUUUAUUUGAAGCUUUUUUUCUUUUUCUUUUUUUUUUUUUGUUCGAAAAUGGAUCUAUGUCGUUUACGUCCGAUCGCCUUCACGAUGAAUUUGACCCCUUGUUUAAUUCCGUGUCAUGACUGAAUUCAUUUACGCAGAAUUUGUGUUUAUUUUGGCAACAAUUCAACCUCAAAACUGUCCUCGAUGUUAUCAAUUCUGAUGUUGAGAAUCAGCUGUUAUGAUUUUUUUUUUCUUGUUGGGUUGGAGAAUUGAGAAAGAAAUGAGACCUACGUAAUAUAUAUAUAUAUAUAUAUAUAAAUAUAUAUAAUCCUCGCAGAGAAGACUUAGGGUACUGCAUCAUUAUGCAAACUUUUGUUUCCUUUUUCCUCUAAUCUUUUGGUUUAUAUUGUAUUGUAGUUUACAGAGGGAAAAUAAUCAUCUUAUUUUUGGUUGUUUUGUUGGAUCGGGGCGACCUUGUUUCUCUGAAAACGAAGUGAUACAAGGGUAGUAUUUUUUUUAAGAGUACAUAGGCAUUUUGCAGUUAUUUGUAUAAAGAAAUGAACUACAACCUCUGCCUAAUGUUUAUUUUUUGUAACUAUAUUACAGUUUAUUUGCUGCUGUGUAGUACAGUUAACGGUUGGAAAUGCUGUCAAAGGCAACCACGACGAUGAAGAGGAUGUUCAUUAGCCCUGCUAGCGGGCGCGGGUCUGUUUU